AGAAGACGUCAGAAGACGUCCAAGCAUCUUCAUCCUCCCGUGCAGUUCUUGCUGUCAGGCUGCGAUUGCGCGCGCUGCUCUGCUCCUCUGAGACGCCAUGACCCGAGAGGCGGAGCCACCAGCAGACGACAGCGUGGACCCCCAAAGGCGUACGACUGAAAGGUGACCUCCAGACUCUCCAACAACCCCCCAAAUAUUUGAAUAUGCCCGGACACAACGAUGCCCUCCAACAGCACAAACCCUGGUCUCUUCCUCAUACCCAACACCUCGCCACCCACAGCGGGAUCUUACCCACAAUCCAAUGCUCUCCACCAAGUAGGAACCUUACCCUGGUUGCUUUUCCACCCGAACACGCCCGGUGACAACUCCUCCCCCACCAUUUCCCUCUUGAACCUGACCCGGGGAUCACAGGCCGGCAAUGAAACAUCAGUUCCGGAUCCUCUGGGCGGGCACACGGUGUGGCAGGUGGUCCUCAUCGUGCUGCUGACGGGGAUGCUCUCCCUGGUCACCAUCAUCGGGAACAUCCUGGUGGUGGUGUCCUUCAAGGUGAACCGCCAGCUAAAGACGGUGAAUAACUACUUCCUGUUGAGCUUGGCCGUAGCAGACCUCAUCAUCGGGGUCAUCUCCAUGAACCUGUACACCGCCUAUCUGGUGAUGGGCUACUGGGCCUUAGGGAACUGGGCCUGUGACCUGUGGCUGGCUAUCGACUAUGUCGCCAGCAACGCUUCAGUGAUGAACCUCCUGGUCAUCAGCUUUGACCGCUACUUUUCCGUCACCAGGCCCCUGACUUACCGGGCCAAACGGACGACAAAGCGAGCCGGGAUCAUGAUCGGCUUGGCCUGGUUCGUGUCUCUGGUUCUGUGGGCCCCCGCCAUCCUCCUGUGGCAGUACUUUGAAGGCCAAAGGACGGUGCCGUCUGAUAAAUGCUACAUCCAGUUCCUCCAGCAGCCCACCAUCACCUUCUGCACUGCCAUGGCGGCUUUUUACCUGCCCGUCACCAUCAUGAGUGUCCUCUACUGGCGCAUCUACAAGGAGACAGAGAACCGCUCCAAAGAGCUAGCGGGACUGCAGGGCUCGGGGGCUCGCGGCGGCAGGAUUGCGGCGAAGAACGGCGGCGUCAACAGAGCUCGGUUCGUGCAUCAAACCGGCAGUUCUAGAAGCUGCAGCAGCUACGAGCUGACCAGGUUGUCCCAAAGAAAGAGCGCCUGUCGGGAGCUUGUCAGUCGCCUCCACUGCUGGCCGGGGGUUCGAUCAUGGAGACCUGGUAACGUCCGCCAAGGCGAGGGUGACCCCGAUCAAAGCAGUAGCGACAGCUGGAACAACAACGACAAUGUACUCUCACUAGACCAGUCCGGGUCAUCAGAUGACGAAGACUGUGGUGUUAGAGAAAGCCACACUAUCUUCUCUAUCGUUCUCAGCCUGCCAGGAAUGAAAGCUGCUGUCGACUCUCAGCUCACUUCCUGCGAGGAUCUGGAUGAAGCUUCAGAGCAGGACCCACUGAGGGGGGCGGAAGUUAACCGAGACGUGACUAGUCCCAAUGCAGAAAACAGCUACCACCAACGCUUCUGUUCCCGCAAGAUACAGUCCAUGCCGUCUAUCCGGGCGACCCAGAACUCUCUGGAUGGGACGCCAGCAACGUCUGCAGACGCAACUGCGACUGCCGGUGCGGCCACCCGAUCCCCAACCGUCCCCAUGUCCUUCAAGGAGGCAGCUCUCGCCAAGCGUUUUGCCGCCCGCGCUCGGACUCAGAUCUCUAAGAGGAAGCGCAUGUCUCUGGUCAAGGAGAAGAAGGCCGCCCAGACCCUGAGCGCCAUCCUCUUUGCGUUCAUCAUCACGUGGACGCCGUACAACAUCAUGGUCCUCAUCAACGCUUUCUGCAAGGGCUGCAUCCCGGACACGUUGUGGGCUGUGGGCUACUGGCUGUGCUAUGUCAACAGCACCGUCAACCCCAUGUGCUACGCCCUGUGCAACAAGACCUUCCGCACCACCUUCAAGAUGAUCCUGCUGUGUCGCUGGGACCAGAAGAGGCGGAGAAAGCAGCAGUUCCAGCAGCGGCAGUCAGUGGUCUUCCACAGGAGGAUUCCCAGAGAGUCCACGUAAAAACGAGGACACGGUUGUUGGAAUGAAAGCUUUUAAGAGUCUCUUCCACCAUAGCAAGUUUGUCCAUGUGCACGCCACAGGUGCUCCACAAGGGUCUGGGAGGACAGAUUCUUGCACCUGGAAAAGGGCUUUAAACAGAACUUGUCAGUGGGUAAGAAGUAUUUAAGUGCAAUUGACUGGAGGCUUCAAGGUUGUCACACAGUUUCCUCUUUUUAUGGCUAGCUGCAUUCGUAAACGUGCUUUUAAUGCCUUGAAAAACACAACUUUGUGUGAAUGAAGUUGUGUUGUGUUCACUGACCUCCUGUACAUUGCCUUCCUGCUUCCUGUAAGUUGCGUGUGAUGGGGUAUAAAUAUUCUGCAGAUGUUCUCACUUGUGAUAUUCAGGUUGUUUUUAUUUGUAUUUUUUUGUUAAUAUUCCUGAACCUUUUUGAGCCAGUCUUCUGCUAAUGAAUAUGAGAUGUGAAUAUUCAGUGAACUCAUGCUCUUGUGUUCAAUGUGAUGACAGCGAGUACAGUCCUGGUUGUGUUCUUCCUGUGUCAAUAUACAGUGAUGCUAUUCUCUUGUGUGUACACACACACACACACACACACACACACACACACACACACACACACACACACACACACACACACACACACACACGCAUACACACACACACACACACACACACACACACACACACACACACACACACACACACACACACACACACACGUUAAUGUUCUUUAACUGCCUUCAAAGUCUGCAUCAAAAUGAUUUAGAAAAGUAGCAUUGUUUUAGUGAAGCAAUGGUGCCCUCUUCUGGCCAAUGAGGGACAUUGGUGUUGGUAAUUAUUUGUCUGAUUCCAAAUGUGAUUAAAAAUUUAAAAAAGGUAUUAAUAUACCACUUUUUGGUUAACAUCAUACAUAAUUAAUUUUAUGAAUAUCUGUCACAAUUUGUUUAUAAAGACAGACACUUUACUGCUCUCUAGUGGCCGACUCCGGUACAGCAGUUCAAAACAGUGCUUUUUAAUGAUCUUUACGAUUGGAUUCGGUAAGGGAUGACAUCUUUAAAAUACAGUGAGUACUCUUGUAUUGUUUAUGUGCUGUAUUUAAAAAAAAAAGUUUAAAUCCUCUUUGUUACUUGGUAUUUGAUAUGCAUAAAUCACAAAGAUGUGUUGAAUAACAUUUGGUUCUUCAACACUGGGAAUGUAAACAUAGUGAACGCAUUUUGGUUUUUUUUACAUUAAAAGUAUGCCAAUCAUAUUUGAAGUCA